AUUGAGGCGGCGUAUAGUUUUUUCUGGGUUUUGGUUAUAUAUACGGUUAAGUUUAUAUUAUUUGCUCAAAUCUCUUCGGUAGAUGAAAGUUUUAGUCUUCUUCAUUCAAGGGAAGCACAUUUUAUAUUUAUUAAAUACUACUACUGUAUAGCCUUUUAUAAUGGUGUUUUUGAUGUUAAAUAUAUCCCAAGAGCUUAUACGAGUUCCGUUUCAGGAGCAUCAAGUGGUAUUCGUGUAGAGACAGCACGAGUUCUUGCAUUGCGUGGUGGUCAUGUGGUUAUGGCAGUAAGGAACUUGGAUGCUGGUAGGAAUGUCAAAGAAGCUAUACAUAAAGAAAUAAAUGGUGCUAAGAUUGAUGUGAUGCAAUUAGAUCUUAGCUCCAUGGCGUCUGUAAGGAAAUUUGCAUCAGAAUUUCAGUCCUCGACUCUUCCCUUAAAUAUCCUAAUGUAAUAAAUCAUAUAAAGUGCUGCAAGUUCGACUGUUUACGGCCUCCUGCACGCGUUUAUGUCUGCAUUUACAAUCAUUUGUGGUUCACCUAAUGAUCCUUUACACUUAUUAUCCACUAUAAUUGAUAUAGGACAUAUUUUAGAAAUUAGAACUGCUCGUGUCUGUGCGUGCAAAGACUAAUAGCUUCUCUUUCUUUGCUUGAAAGUAACAAUGCAGGGGUUAUGGCAACUCCUUUCAUGCUAUCACAUGACAACAUAGAACUGCAGUUUGCGACCAACCAUUUAGGUUAUUCGGAUUGCAACUUAGCUGUGAUGUAUCAAACCUAAUGAGAUAUAGCAACUAUUUUGCAGGUCAUUUUCUUCUAACAAACCUUUUGUUGGAUACUAUGAAACUCACCGCACGUGAAAGUAAAAGAGAAGGGAGGAUUGUUAAUUUAUCUUCAAAAGGUCACCGGAUUGUGUAUGGUGAGGGAAAUCCCUUUGAUCACAUCAAUGAUGAAUCAGGACACUUCCCUCGGUUUGCUUAUGGACAAUCAAAGCUCGCUAACAUAUUGCAUGCUAAUGAGCUUUCAAGGCGUCUAAAGGACGAGGGAGUGGAGAUUACAACAAAUUCACUUCAUCCUGGAUCAAUUAUUAUGACCGAUCUUAUGCGCCACCACGGUCUUAUUAAGAGUAAUCCUUCAAAUCAUAUAAGAUUUAGUGGAUGUUUUUGCCUUUUAAAGAUCUUUGUAUAUUGGAAAUCGAAAGGGUUAAAUCACUUUUUUGGACUUGAACUUGGCAACUUUUUUCACAUUGGGGCCUUAACUCUUUUUUGGUCCAAGUUAGGCCUUAGAACUUGGCAAUUGUUCCCAGGUUGAGGUCUAAAGUUCAGGCCCCAAUGUGAGAACAUUCGCCAAAUUCAGAGAUUAAUUUAGACCAAAAAAAAGUUCAAGCUCCAAUAUAGGAACAAUUGCCCCAAUGUGAAAAUAGUUGCCAAGUGCAGGUUCCAAGUAGUGAUUUAACCCAACUUAAAAACAAGUUAGAUUACUUUUCUAUACUUCAAAAUGAACAAACU